CAUUGUUUCUUUCAGAUGCCACAUUUUGCAACAGCUUAUGCAGCUGUCAAUUCACUUAUUACUAUGGGUGGUCAUGAAGCUUUGUCUUCAAUCAAUAGAAGUACAUUAUACAUGUUUCUGCAGCGGAUGAAACAGCCAAGUGGGGGUUUCAGGAUGCAUGAUGGUGGAGAAAUUGAUGUUUGGGCCUGCUAUACUGCCAUUUCAGUUGCAAGUAUUUUGAACAUUUUGGAUGAUGAACUAGUUCAGAAUGUUGGAAAUUACAUAUUAAGCUGUCAGACUUGCGAAGGUGGCAUUGGUGGAGAACCUAACUCUGAAGCUCAUGGUGGGUACACCUUUUGUGGGUUGGCUACAAUGAUUUUGAUCAAUGAGGUCCAUCGUUUGGACUUGUCUCGUUUAAUUGAUUGGCUGGUAUUUCGUCAAGGAAGGGAGUGUGGAUUUCAAGGGAGAACCAAUAAAUUGGUUGAUGGAUGCUAUUCCUUUUGGCAGGGAGGUUCUUUUGCAUUAUUACGAAGAGUCGGCUCAUUUAUUGAUGAACAACUGGUGAGGCCAGAUGAUGUUGGACGUUGCAGCACUUCCACAGUAUCUGAUAUACCUGAACAGGGAGGUCUAAAUGCUUCUUUCCAUGUGAAUUACAAUGAUAUUGGUCAUAACUUUAUCACAACAUGUCCAGUAAUGGAGCACCUUUUCAACAGCCAUGCAUUGCAGCAAUACAUACUUCUAUGCACACAGGUGCAAGAGGGGGGACUCAGAGACUUUCUUUGGGCUACAAGGAGGCUGAGAAGGUGGUUGCCUCUUCUUUAGCAUACUUGACAUAACCAGAUUCAAGCUCUGGAGUUGAAAACUUUCAACAGUGUCCUCUUCUUAACAUAAGUUAUUGUCCUCCAUCAGAAGCUGUCCUGUCUGAUGGGAAAAGUUUGGUCGUUGUCAUCUACAAUUCCCUAGGGUGGAAGAGAGAAGAAGUAAUACGAAUUCCUGUAAGUAGCUAAACUGUACUUCAUAUGCUGAUCAACAUAAAUUUGAAAAGGUUUCCACUGACAGAAUUAGUGUUCAGGAUUCUAGUGGGAAGAAAGUUGAAGCCCAAAUUCUUCCUAUAUUGAAUGCCACUUUUAGUGUUAGAAAUUAUUAUGUGAGAG